CCGCCACAACCUCAUCCAGUGGGCCUUGACAUACAUGCAUUAUUGAUCAGAAUACGUUCAUAUCUAUUGCUCUGAGAUGCCAGGACGAGGAGUGCGUCAUUGGCAGGUGGUUCUGAUCUUCUGGGGCCUGUCAGUCACCUACGCCCUUCGUGUCAAUCUAUCUGUGGCAGUCGUGGCCAUGACAGAUUCGGACUCCAUACGGAACUGAAGACCCCCUGGCUCCGCAUCUUCGGCUCGCCACCAUUUUUGGUCCUAAUGGUUUCGCACAGCGUCUUCAACUGGGACUUCUGGACACUCCUGACGCAAAUUCCAAGCUACAUGAAGAGCGUCCUUGGCAAGGACAUCAAGUCAAACGCCCUGCUCUCGUCCCUUCCUUACGUCAGCAUGUUCUUCAUGUCUUUCGUCUUCUCAAAGAUGUCGGCCCAAUUGAACAACCGCAACUGCAUCUCCACGGGGACCAGCCGCAAGCUGUUCAACACGAUUGGUCUGUGGAUCCCCAUGAUCACAAUCAUCGGUCUGGGGUAUGUGAGGGCCGACCAGUCCACGCUGGCCGUGGUCCAGCUAUGCUUCACAGUUGGAAUGAGCGGCGCCACUUACCUGGGCUUCAACAUGAACCACCUGGAUCUGUCGCCGAACUUUACCGGCAUCCUGAUGGGCAUCACCAGCUGCGUGGCCAAUAUCAUGAGUAUAAUCGCUCCGCUGGUGGUCGGUGUCAUUGUCACCGAUGAGAAAGAUCCCGAUCUGUGGCGCAUAGUAUUCUUCAUUGCCGCUUCUAUCUGGUGGGCAACGGGCUGUUCGUGAUCUUCGGCAAGGCCGAAGCCCUGGAACGAUGCUCCUGCUCCGGUGGAGCCACAUAAAUAAAGAGGAAAAUUUACUGUCGUUUCUGUGUGACUUGUCUCGCAUUCUUGGAAAGAUAUGGGGACUUGGCAACUGAAUUAAAGAAAUGGAUUAGAAUUUUGAAGACCCCGAGUAACAAUUGGGUGGAGUACUUAUAAAUAUAUAAGUAUGGCGCCACAGCCAUAAGGAAAAGGAUGUUCUUGAGAAGAGCCAUAGCGGCCAUAGAAGUGGUGUCCAUGAGCAACCACAUUCCUUAGGCAUGUAGUAAGUAUAACUGCCAUAAGAAUGAUAUCUUAUCUGCUUUCGUAGCUCAGGAUUCUAUACAGUUAUAAAUGUAUCACCGUAUAUCAUGUACCAUCAUAAGUUAAAAUAAAUCAUU